CAGCACAGACCUAGAGUUGGAGAGCUGGAACUUCAGCAGAAAUUAGCAUCGCUGUAUCCCAGGAGAAGAGAAGCAGCCCAGGCAUCAUUCUAGGGCCCAAUCCAAGCAUCUGAAGAUGUCUCCAAAUAUCAUGAGUUCUAAUGCUAAUACCAUCCACAGUGCUAUGCUGUCCAACCACACACUGCAUAUGAGACUUUCAUCCAAGUGGAUGGUUGGUGCUAUUGUGCUUUUCCUGGCUGUGCCUAUCUCCAGCACCACUCGCACCUACGCAUGGAGAGACCCCGUGACUAAAAACAUAGUGGUGUGCUAUCAGUGCCCGCCGGGAACCUUUGUGGCACAGCACUGCACCAGAGACAAACCCACAGUGUGCGCACCGUGUCCAGAUCUGCACUACACACAGUACUGGAACUACCUGGAGAAAUGCCGAUACUGCAACGUCAUCUGCGGAGAGCUGCAGGUCGAGCUGCAUCAGUGCAACUCCACCCACAACAGAGUGUGCCAGUGUCAGGAUGGCUACUACUCUGAGUCCGAGUUCUGCAUUGAGCAUGCCAAGUGUCCUCCCGGGUUUGGAGUAGUAAAGCUGGGUACUCCCCAUCAGAACACGAAAUGUGAGAAGUGCCCCCAGGGGUUCUUCUCGUCCUCCAGCUCCAGCACAGAGCCGUGCAAGGUGCACCAGAGCUGCUCGCAGCAAGGGAAGGAGACUAAUGUCGUAGGAAACCAGUUCCAUGACACUCUGUGCACCACUUGCAAGAUGUUCAAGGGAAACGGCACCCAGGAGUCAGGGAACGAGGACUGUGAACAAGCAGUGAUCGAUUUUGUGGUUUACCAGAACAUCCCGGUGAGAAAGCUGAAGCGCCUCCAGCAAAUCCUCGAGCGGCACCAAAAGGGGGUCCUCCACAAGGACACCAGGCCUGCCCUUCAGGAAAAGUUCCACACAUACCUCACCCAGUUGAAGAAGGAUCACUUGGAGCUCAUCAAAGUGCUGCUGAAUGCACUCCGGGCAGCGAAGCUGUAUGCGGUGGAAGAGAUGGUGCGGAAACGUUUCUCCUUGGAGUCAGAAGAUUAACAGAACUGUUUAGGGGUUUUGUUGUUUUUAGUUUUUGUCUAGCUUGAUUAAUUUAUUAACUUUCCACAAACUAACUCGAGGUGCACCUUGGAGAAGAUGAAUGGUGGGGUUGUGAAUGAUGAGUCUCUGACUCAUUCCUGAUCCUCUCCAUUCUGACAGCUGACCACUGUCCCAGGGUGUGUGCACUGUCUGUCUAACCUGGCCGCAGGUAAAGUCUGUAAUGCAGUCUGUGCCUUGGCUAGCAGAACUUCACUGCAAGUGGAGCUGGAUGAGAAUUCUGGGAGAAACUUGCACUUUGACUAUUAACCUCCUCUCUGGGGAGGAGGAGUAGAUGUUCUUACUUUAUCAGAAACAAAAUGCGUAAGAUUCCAGGGAGAGCACGCCCUCUCUGUGACUGCACAGGGGUCCCUGUUGCCCUUCCUUGGGCCACUGUGCAGAGUUUAAUUUUAAAAUGCACCAUAUUUUUAAAACAAUAUUCAAAUGUGCCCUGGGGGCGGCUGCCUUUCACC